CGUGCGGUGCACGGUCGUCAAGAGUUUGAACUUUGAACCCCUUGAAUUGAAUCCCACCACCGGUUGUAGCCUGUUACUACCAGUAGUCUUUCUACUUUUCCCGAGAAAAUUUGGAAAAAUGAAGGAAGAAUUUUUAUAAACAAUUUCUCUAGAGUUUUCGUCACUCGUCCCCACAAGAAGACCAGCAGUGAGGGGAGUCAGGAGAACUCUUCAGAAGAUAGAUAUAGCUUUCUUCUUACAAUCUCUCUCUACAAACUUCGUCUCGUUUCAGUUCCAAACUUUUAAUUUUUUUCAUAUUCUUUUGUGUCUUCUUUCGAAUACUUGUAUAUCAAUUUUUGAAUAAAGACCAAAUAUUGAGAGUUGGGCAACUGGGCAUUACUGUUUAUCAAUAAGUAUUAUUAUUGGUUUGCUUCUCAACUUUUCAUUUUUUUUUUCCUUAUCACGUUUGAUUGUGUCUUUUUCUCCAGCUUCUUUUUUCCUGAUCUAGGUUUAUUACUUUAUUAUGAUGUCCAACUUUUUUUGAGCUUGAAGAGGAAGUGAUAGCUUUGGUAUUAGUGAAGAAGAUUACAACUCCAUCAUAUCCUAGAUUUGAUGAAGAAGAAUGUGGUAGUAGUAGUGGGAGUAGUGGCAGUGUAGAAGGUGGGCCUUUUUUGACCAGAGAAAGAAAUCAGUGAGCUAAAUAAAAAAAAAGCAAACAACGAAGGUAUCCUUAAUGGUCUUUGGUGCUCGUAAUUGUCAAUGAGAAGCAUUAUAGCCAAAGAAAGCCAGAGAGGAAAAAGAAACUCUUCUAUGUAUUUUUUUCCCUUUUAACUUUACCACACGUUUCUUGUCCCUGUGGAUGUGACUCGACAAAGAUGGGACUUCAAGGGCAAUUCUUGCUGUGUCUUCUCAUGUUGGAUAUUUGAAGGCCGUUCUUUUACUUAAUAAUUUUUACACUCUUCUAGUGUUUCUUUCGCUAAAUCUUUCAAAAGGGUAUCCAAAAAAAUGCCGAUUUACCAGCCACCUACUCGGAGAAGAGGUGGGGAUUUGAAGCUCGAUGUGGCGGUGGCGGAAGGUGGGCAAAUUCUAGAUCUGGAAACUGCUGUCAAAGAUGGGAUUUUGGGCGGGGGUGUGGGCGGUGGACUAGUGUUUACCGGCUGCACUGAAAAGUGGGAUCUGGCAAAGAUGAUUGCAGAGCUUGAGUCCAUUGAGGUGGUUCCUUAUGUGUUCAUUUGUCCAAUCUCGUUGGAGACAAUGCAAGAUCCUGUGACCCUUUGUACUGGCCAGACCUACGAGAGAGCCAACAUUGUCAAAUGGUUCUCUUUUGGUCAUUAUACUUGUCCCACUACGAUGCAAGAGCUUUGGGACGAGUCAGUCACACCCAACAAGACCCUUCACCAGCUAAUUCACAGCUGGUUUUCGCAGAGGUACUUGGCCAUGAAGAAGAGGUCGGAAGAUGUUCAAGGAAGAGCUUUGGAGCUCUUGGAGACGCUCAAGAAAGUCAAGGGUCAACCUCGAGUUCAAGCUCUGAAGCAGCUCAGACAGGUCGUGACCACUCACGGCUCCGCUAAGAAAACGAUGGUUGACAAUGGUGGGGCCGCUUUGAUCUCUUCUCUUCUGGGUCCUUUCACUUCGCACGCAGUUGGGUCGGAAGCCAUUGGCAUUCUCGUGAACUUGGAUCUCAGCUCGGAUUCGAAGGUGAAUCUCAUGCAACCGGCUAAGAUAUCUUUAAUGGUGGACAUGUUGAAUGAGGGGUCUAUAGAGACCAAGAUCAAUUGUGCGAAAUUGAUCGAAAUAUUGAUACAGGGCAAGGAUUUUGAUUCCGAGAUGGUUUCAAGUUUGAGUCUUGUGGUUGGAUUAUUAAGGCUAGUUAAGGAUAAGAGACACCCUGAUGGGAUUUUGCCAGCUCUUUCUUUAUUGAAUACCAUGUGCUCGUAUAAAUGCAUUAAGAACUCAGCUGUGAGCGUUAGUGCAGUUCCUCAAUUGGUUGAGGUUUUGCCUAGCUUGAACAAUGAAUGCUUGGAGUUUUGCCUCUGCGUUUUGGAAAAUUUGUCGACAAUUCCAGAAGGAAGAUUGGCUUUGAAAGAUUGUCCCAGCACAAUUCCGAAGCUGGUUAGAUUACUGAUGAAGGUCUCUGAGAGCUGUACUCAGCUUGCGCUUUCGAUCUUAUGGGCAGUUUGUAAGUUUUCACCAGAAGUAUGUGCUUCAAUGGCGGUUGAAGCUGGUUUGGCGGCCAAGCUUCUUCUUGUGAUUCAGAGUGAUUGUGACUCUGUCUUGAAGCAGAGAGCUGCUGAACUAUUAAAGUUGUGUAGUCUAAAUUACACCGCGACGCACUUCAUUUCCAAGUGUAAGCUCACAAGAACAAUACAAUGAAGAAGAAAAAGAAAUGGGAAUAAUUUGUUUAUAUACAUAUUCUCUUAUAUAAAUCCUUGAUUCAAAAAAUGAUUAAAAAAAAAGGAGCUGAAGGAGAGGGGCUGUUCGUGGACCAAACUCAAUUCAAUAUAAGACACUCGAUUGGAGGUUCUGAGUUUCCAAUCCUUCUGCACUUGUGUACAUUGAAAACAAGUAUUUUGAUUCUUUAAUUUUGUUUCAUUGUCAAAAUGCAUCAUAAUGUGGGUUUAGCCCUACGUUCUUUGUAA